GUGUGUAAGAGCUCACUUCUCAUUCACAUAGAUUAAUUGAGAAUUUUUCUGGAACAGGCAUGAUCUGUUAGUUGAAGCUCAGAAGAAAGACGGUAAUACCUAGUCAUAAAACAUUCUUAAAUUUGGUUUGGGCGGAAUGAUUGUUAGCUCUUGAGUGAUAGAUUAAAUAGUACUGAUACGUGGAUUUUCCUGUCAAAUGUCAGUGUGGACUGGUGUCUUCUGGCAGCGGCACUGCAUUAGUUUUCUUUUGCUAUCAUAUUUAAUUAUAUGUAUUGCAACUUCAAAGGGAAAGUACAGGAACUCCACACCGUUGUUUUUCUCAUCCCAAGAGCAUUAAAUAAAUGUCAGCAGUUUAGGAUUUCUUGAUUAAUGCAUUUCUACUGUGAGAUGCAUUUCUUUAUAACCACGAUUUGUUGCACUCUUUGUAGUACAAAUAGAAUUAAUUCCAUAAGAAUAAUCCACAGAAUUUUGCUGAAAUUUAUUUUCUGGUAAUUUUGAAGGAUUGACAAACAGCAGUACAUUUUGGAGUACUGUUAGAAAAUUGUACAAAUUAACGUGUUACUAUAAAUAGGAUUUUGUAGGAUACCAGAAUCUAUAGAAUAUUUAAGCCAGGAAAUACAAAACUAAUAAUGAACUAUAUCAUCUCUCUCUGAGGUAGAAAAAUAUUAUGUGCAGUAUAUAGAUGGUACAAUUGAAACGGAGAUACUAAAUGAUGGUUGAAGACUAAAUAGUAACUCAACGGCCCAAAAGAGCAAAUGCAUUAUAAACCACAGAGCUUUCAUCAGACAUUCUGAGUAUCAACCUAUCACAUCUUGCUCAUGUGUCCUUGUUACAGUGUGUUUUCUAAAAUCAAAACCUAAUUGAAGGGUAAAAUGAAUUUACUGGAUUAAUCAGAGGGAUUUCAUGGGGAUUACUGUCCAGGCAAGUGUUUCUGUGUAUGGCCAGCUUUGGCUGUAUGGGUCCUUAAGUCUGCUGGGAGGAAAAAUCCUACAAAAAAUGAUUGGUCAGGUUUUGUGUAUCCUUUAAAGUAAACUUCUUGUAUGAUUAGAGAUUGGUAUUAGUGCAGCACUUAUUUAAAGCCUGUUUGCCAUCCACAUUCUGUUUGGCUUACCCGCUCUCAGGCUGCCUUGCCUGUGCUCUGGUCAGCACUUGAGCUGUUGUAACGAAAGGAGUUGUAGAAUUGUAGACCUGCUACUCACACCAGAAGUGAGUAUGAGCAAGAGGCCAGCACUGCUCCUCUAAGACUUACCAAAAUACAAUGGAUGAGAACUUUCAAGAAGAACGGUGUACUGGCAUGAUCAAAUUCACACCACCAUUGUACAAACAACGGUACCAGUUUGUUAAAGAUUUAGUGGGAAAAUACAAACCUAAGAAGGUGGCAGAUUUAGGAUGUGCAGACUGUACACUUCUCUGGAUGCUGAAAUUCUACAAUUGCAUUGAAGUGUUAGCUGGGCUAGAUAUCUGUGCAAGUGUGAUGAAAGAGAAAAUGCACAGGUUGUAUCCUCUUCCUGCUGAUUAUUUGCAGCCAUCUGAAAGAUCCUUAACUGUUACACUGCAUCACGGCUCAGUUGCGCAUGAAGAUCCCUGCAUGCUUGGUUUUGACUUGGUGACAUGCAUUGAAUUGGCUUUAGAUGCUGCUAAACGCUAUGGUUACUCAGUGGAAUUUACUGGUGUAGGGAACCCACCAACAGGAAUGGAGGAUGUUGGGUUUUGUACCCAAAUAGCCGUGUUUGUUAAAAAAUAUCCUCAAACCAGUGAACCAGCGCAGUCUAAGAAACCCACUGAAGCAGCUUACAAAACAGUCUUCAGAGCAGUGUAUCCAAGUCUUAAAGAUGAGAAGUACCUGCAGAGUGCAGUGGUCAGUGAAGUUAUGUUCACAGCACAUGCCAUUAAACGAAGUCUGCUGGACCAUUUAGUGUCAGAACAAGAGGACUAUAAUGAUGAUCCUACUGAGAGAAAAUUGCAACUCCAACAUUCAGUGAACUGUUUUUCAGAAGAACUUGAAACACUGGCUGUUGAAAAAAGCAUGGAGCCACUUACCAAUGGAAGUGUGGUUUAUAUACCUCUAAGGAAAAUAUUUUCUUUUCCUAAAGUGAAUCAACUUUGUGGUACCUUUGAGAAGUUGCGCGAGCUUAUUACUGGCAAGGUCACACUGAGCAGCGAUGGUUCUGCUGUGGUGCUCGAUACUGACCAUGAAAACGAAGAGAAUUAGAUCACAGAUUUCUCAUUUAAAGUUAAAUUAAAGUAAUGAAAGUAUUGACUUUAGUAGCUAUAGAAUGGUAUGUUUUGUAUGGUAACUAUAACCACAAAAUCAUUCUUAAACUUAAACCCAGUUGUGUAUCCGUUCUGACAAAGAUUCAUAAUCACACUUGGGAUUUUGAGGUGGAGUAUCAGGUGCUAAAAAAGAAUUAAUUUCAUGAAGCAAAAUUGUGUGUUUGCCGUUAUGAUGUUGAAGCUAUCAUGACUAGACUCUUGGUAAUAUUUUGCUAGCUUCAAGGGCGGUUGAUAACACAGAACUACAUUGUCAUGCUGAAUAAUAGUGUCAGACAUAGAUUUGGGGCAAGGUUGUUUUUUGUUUUGUUUUUAAUAGAACAAAAUUUAUGAAUGCCUUGUUCAAGAUGAGCAUGUGCCCAGCCUUGGUAAAAAACAAAUGUUAUUCUAGUAGAUGUCUGUGACAUUCCAGUUUAAAGGUCAGUAAAUUCAACAAUCAGAGAAAGUACCAGGAUGUUGAAUUUAAGGUGACAAAAAAGGGGGAUUUAGUCCUAUGUCUUUAUCCAGUCUCUUGUUAACGGCUGGUUGGGAAAAUAAUAUGCAUCUCGCAACUUUCCAGAAGCUGAAUUUCAGCAAUUUGGAACUGCUAUCUUUGACUGUUGUGUUUUUGAAAAAAUGAAAACCCUGUCAUUGUGAAUGCCAACCUGGACCCAGUUAUGAAAAAGUAUCUGCAUUUUCAUUAAUUAACCAAAAGGCUGCAUUUAUCUUUCACAGUAUCAUUGGCAGCCUGGAAUAAGCUAGUACUAUUGGAACUGAUUGAUAUUUGUGAAACAGGAUUUUUACAGUUUUCUGAAAAAAAAAAAAAUGUGUAAGCCGUGACUGUUUCUUAGAGAGGAUGGUUGCAUUCUACCUUACAUUUUUUUUGAGUUUGUUUAAAGUUGGUCCAGGUGAGAGACUAGGCAUAAAAGGAAAAGGCAGCUGUAAUUCUUGGAAUUGAGAAGUGGUAUGUAGUCUAUAGCAGGCUGUGUUUCAAGGAAAAGGGAAUUACUUACCAUGUUCUGUCUAAUUUUUUAUAUAUAUUUUUUUAAUUAAGCUUACUUUAACUUUCCUUUUUGGGAGAUUGUUCUCCCACAAAAAAUAGACAUGGAUUAUUAAAAGUAAUAUACUAGUCAGAAGUACUUAUUAGAAUUAAUUAAAAUUAAUCUUGAAUACAAUAUUGGGAAUGGUUUCACUUUUGAAAAUGAACUUGCCAUACUCUCUACGUUACAAAGUAAGCAUAGCUGUUUGAGAGUGGGCAUGGUAGCACUGGUUUGCUAUUAGAAAAUCCCCACAGUUCACUGUAUGGUUUAGCGUAGUUAGGGUUUUGUACCACGGAGCUUCUUCUCGUGUAGUCUCUUCUUGAAACAUUACUUCAGUGUGCUUUGUAGCAUGGUCAAUUGAAAGUGAGGAAAACGGAGUGGGGAGAGGAUCUGUCAGAUUUGGAAUGAUAGGUGCUUUGAGUGCUGUAUUCAGGUAGCAUCUCAUUACAGGGAUGUCUUGUGAACAGCCAAGAGUGUAUACAAGUACACACUUGUCUUCUGCAAACGUCGUACCCCUAAGUCUUCAUAGCUCUAUUUGGAAAAUGGAUGAGGUGAAUAUUUGGUGGACUGAGCUGAGGGACACAAACAGUAAUCUAGUUUUUAAGGGCUUGAUGAAUUCUACCUUUCUUCUUUGUAAAAGGGUAGAGGUGUUGUUGUUGUUGUUGUUUUUUAUUUGUUUGUUUUUUAAUGAUAGUUUGGGCAAGUAUCAGGUCUUAUAUUCUUGCUUAUGCCUUUCCUGCGCAAAAAUCUAAUGUCAAAUGACAGAUGUUUGGCCAUAUCUGUUCAGUGUUCCUUAUUACAUGUAUGCAUACUGAAACUGAAGACUCUAUUACAUAUCAUAUCCAGAAGACCUAUUUGGAAUAUAUACAUUUUAAUUGAGGCUGCUACCUUUUAGUGAAAUAAGCUCUAUCAUUUUGUGUGCCAGCUUUCCAGGUUUCCACUGGCUUAAAUCAGUUUUAAUUAAAGAAGUCUUCUUUAAAGGAUUGAGUUAAUAGUCUUUUCAGGAGCAGUUAAGCCCUCUCACACAAUUCAUUGUGCACAGCUCUCUGUUUAUCAGCUUGAUGGUUCUGUUAUUAGGCCUUCACUGUGUCACAUUUAAACUUGUAGCAUGAAACCGACCAAGGUCAAUUAUGAUGUCUGGAAUCAGGAUGCUGAAAAUAAGUUUAUGAAGAGUAGAUUUUUUAAGUUGCAUGUGGCCAUAUUACCAGAAGAUGGCACACACAUCUCAAAACAGGUCAACCUUAGGUUGUUCAAAACUAAAAUUCAAAUCAGGUAAAUCUGAUUGACAUUUUGAUAAAACAUUCUGAUGUGAGAAAUAUGUAUCUAUUACUAUCACAGGAAUUGUAUAAAAAGAUAACAGGUAUAAUAACUAUUUGCUCCAUUUCUAUUUACUUUGCAUCGAAUGGCUUUAUGUUAAGAUUUUGACUUUGGGCUUCACACAGAAGAGAAACUGCUAUAGGAAUUGCGUUUAGUUCCCUAGAAAGCCCAGUUGCUGUAUAGGCUGAAGCUGGGUCCAAGAAGAAUUUGGUCUGCUUUUACUUUUUUGCAUUUAUUCUUUUAUAAAACUUUCUUAAUGAGGGUUGGUAAGCAGAUUUCUAUAUACUGCACUAUUGAAGGCUUUGGGGGUGGAAUUGCUACUGAUUUGGCAGAAGAAAAUCUCAGUGAAAGCCUUUUCAGUUACUUUAGCAAUUUUGUGUGUAAUUAGUAUCAAAGUGAAUUAAGAACAUCAGAAGCCCAAAUUUACUGUUGCGAAAUCUUAAAAGUAGAAUAAGCUCACACCCAGAUGUGUUCAAUGCAUUGUGGCAUCAAAACCAAAGCAGGGAAGUGGAGAAAGCGCACAAAAAAAAAAAAAAAAAAAAA